UAGCCCUCGAAACCUUUGACAGAAUAUUUUUAAACGCUCAAAUCGAUAUAAAAUUAUUAAUAAAUGGAGAGUGGACCCCACUAACAGAAUUUUUUGACGAGAGGAUAAUUACAAGGUUAUCAUAUGUAAUCAAAAAAUAUAUUGGGGUUACAGUAUAGAAAGUGAUAUAUAUUGGGGCACAACACAAAAAAGUGAAAAAAAAUAUAGAAAAACCCAAAAAAUAAUAAUACAAAAACACAUCUUAAUUAAAAUUAAUUAAUUGUCAAUAAACUGAUAAGUUUGGUAAUUUGUUGUGUGCAGCAUCCUAAAAAUGAUAAGAGAAAGGACAUUUGGGAUCCUACACACUUCUUUACCGCAAACUACUCCCUAUUACUUUCCAUUUCUAUAACAGCCACCCACUUAUUAGUUACCUAUAUAUACCCAUUAUCCAUUUUUUACCACUAAAUCAAACCAUCACAUAAUUUAACUCACUAAAAAAUCAAACAAAAUCACCACUUUUUUUGGUUGGUUUAGAGUCAUUGAUCAUAAUGCCAAGAAAAAUGAGCCCUCCAUCCUUCCAACAAGAUCAACACUACCCCCACCCCCACCCUUACCACCACCGUGUGCCGCAUCCGGUCAAGAAAGAGACUACUCCACCUCCGGCUGCCACGACAACCACCAAUAACAAUACUGUUUAUGGUAGAAUGACCCUGUCGUCUUUGAAGGUUAAUAGGGACUCCCUUAUCAUAAAGAAAUCUCCGGGACCUAGUAGUGCUAAAUUGAAUCAACAACAACAGCAGCAACAACAACGAGGGCCGGUUAUUAUCUACACUCAUUCCCCUAAAGUCAUCCACACCAAUCCUAGGGACUUUAUGGCCUUGGUACAAAAACUUACAGGUAUGUCAAGAAACAACGAAGAGGCCGCUAAAUCUGAAUCUAGUGUCCCGAAUCAUGAGUCUGUCGCGCCUAAGGUGGAUUACACCCCGCAGCAUCUGCACCAGGAUAAUAAUAAUUAUAUGGGUAAGGUUGAAAGUUCUAAUUGUCUCGGCGUAAACAAUAACAAUGACAAUAAUAAUAAUAACAGUAGUAAUAGCACAGAUGAUAACGAAUCAUCAUCAGUUAUAACAGACGAGAAUUGUAGCAGUAGUGGUAACCACACAGGUGAUGUUGUGGGACAAUUCAAUCCUUAUAUGACUCCGCAGUUGUUUGACCUACUGCCUGCGCCACCACCCAGUCUGCCGCUCUAUUUGCCUAAUUCGUCGGACAUGUUAUGCUAUGGUGGUGACCCGGCUAUCUAUGAUUAUGAUAUUAACUUUCCAUAUGAUCAGAUAACUUAAUUUCAUUUUUCUUUUUAUAUUUUGUUUCAAUUUUGGCUAGUUAAACAGUUUUGGGGCGUCUAAUGUGCCUGUUUUGGUUAGAUGGCGUACAUACGUCAACAACUUUGGUAUUGCAUUAGAGUUACUAUGAACCAUUUUUGUCAUUCAAUAAGUUAAAUCUUAUUUACGCUUUAAUUUGAAGUUUUCAUUUGUAAAUUAACUUAUUCUGAAAUUACUCUUUUAGUUUUCGACUGAAAAUUAGAUAAUACACCCGGGUGUACCAUGCUCAUAGUGCACCCGGGUAAACAAAAAAAGGCGGAAAGAACAUGUAGUGUUUGAUAAAGAACAUACCAAUGUUUGACAAAGAACAUACCUUUAAUAUGUUCUUUGAGUGUGAUCAGUGUGUUCUUUGAGUAAAAUUAUAUGUUCUUUACAUUAUAACUUAUGUUAUUUAACAUAUGUUGAUAAACAUAUAUGUUUAUUUGGGUUUAAUAAUACAAAGUAUGUUCUUUGAAUUUGGCGUGUAUGU